AUGGACUAUAUCAAAGAUAUUCUCUCCACCAGAAAGCUCAGGAAGUUCAAUUGCGAAACAAUGAACAAUCUUAAAGAUCAUAAUGACAUUAGAUCUCGAAUCAGAACAAAUGGAAUCAAAUUUGAUUUGGUGAAUGAGAUCAUUAAAUCAAAACUAGGAGGGCAUGCAACGACUACUAUAUUAAUGAAGUUGGCAGACAAGUUUUCACAUGAACUCAAGAUCCGGGUAGAUAGACUUGCCAAAAGAAAUAAAAACGCAUUAAUAUGCUGGUAUGCAGAAAAUUGGCACUUAAUUGCUCCAUUCUUCACAAAAUUAGAACUUGAUUAUGAUGAAGAAAAGCAGAUAGCUGGUCAAAAAAAGCAAGAGAAAGGUAUAUCAAAUUUCAUCGAUCCCUCAGAUAUAUUUCAACUCCUAAAUGAUCAUUGA